AUGUGGUUGCCGCUUGUGCUGCAUGUCCCGCCAGAUUCUCGUGCUCCUGUUUGUUGCCAGCAUGUUGGUGGGCCAACCGGGAAGACGCAGUACCACCGCCUCGUUGAUAGUCUGACCGGCGACGAGCGCAUCGUCCGCGGGCCCUUGGUUUAUGCACCAGAGCCGCUGGAGCAUUUGGUCAAUGGCACGGAGGAGGCAUUGAUGAUCAAUGCCCAAGCCUCCGUCAUUGUCGAGAACAGGAGCUCUGGAAUCCUUCGGCUGGUCCGUGAGCCAGGACUCUUCUACCCGAGUCCGUACGAGUUCGUCCUGGGCUGGCGCUAUUCGUUCUUGGUGGAAGAGCAGCUGUACGCGGUCGUGAAAAACGAGCUGAAUGGAUCGACUUCCGUUCACGAAGGUCCGACCCUGUUGAUGCUGGAUGCCUAUGAGCAGCUCGUACGGAUGAGCCGCAAGGUGGUGGUACGCAAGGAUGAGUACCUGCGUCUGGUCGAUCGACGUACCGGCGCCGAGCGUGUAGUGCAUGGCCCCACGACCGUGGCGCCCGCGGCAGAGGUGCCGGUGGUUUAUCAUUUUCUUUGCAUCGUUCCAUUGCUGGAGUGGUGUGCGGCUUGA